AAACAGACUCGUCCUACACACGAUUUUAGUCAAUCGUGUAAAAGCCAAAGAGAUAUAUCCAACAAAAAUAUGAACGAGCUUACGACCGUUGUUAAAAGUUUUAGGGUGUUUUAGGUUUGUCGCGUUUUUUAACUAUGUUAAGUGAAAACAGGUCGUGUUUCGCGAGAAAAAUGAAGUGAUCCUAUAUUUAUUAAUAAGUAUGAGUGCCUCUGGAUGUUCUUUAUACACUACAACAUGACGAUGGGCUUAUCCUCAAACAAAAAGCAGACAUGACGUAAUAGGAGAAAGGGUAGAUUUUCAUCAUGUCAUCAAAGGAAAAAACAGCCCGAAGUGUCGCUCUAGAACAGACUUACGUCCACGAUGUCUACGAGCAGCUGGACGCUGAAGGGCUGCAUAACGAACCGUGGCCAAAAGUAGAACAAUUUAUAGACGAACUCGAACCCGGGUCUAUCGUAUGUGAUAUAGGAUGUGGAAAUGGAAAAUAUCUCGAUAUAAAUAAAUCAAUUUUUAAUAUUGGAGCAGAAAGAUCCUUUAAACUAAGUAAUAUAGCUAGAGAAAAACAAAACGAGGUUAUAAUAUUAGAUAAUUUAUCUUUGCCUUUUCGCGACGAGAGCCUAGACGCAGUCAUUUCCAUAGCUGUGAUUCACCAUUUCGCUUCGACCGAACGAAGGGUCUGCGCCCUUCAGGAACUCUCUAGAGUGCUUAGGAUAGGCGGCAAGCUCAUUAUCUCAGCCUGGGCCAUGGAACAGAGCCAUAGAAAAUUCGAAACACAAGAUGUAUUAGUGCCAUGGCAUUUACCAAAACAAAUAAAAAAUCCAGAUUUUCCCAUUAGUAAGGAUGUUUUUGAUUAUGAUGUAUUAAGUAUUUACAAUGGCUCAUAUUAUAAUGCUAAGGAAGAAAGCAACACAAAUUUCAAGUCCCAAAAAGAAAUAAACAAGAAAAGAAACAAAUUCAGAAAACGUAAAUCCUUAUCAACCGAUUCAGACUCACUGACGGGAUCAGAAACCUGUUACAGCUUUAUUAGAAGAGCUUUACAGAAAUUAUCUGGUGGAAGACGAUUAGCUAUGAACAGGCCUUGGUUUCUGGAAAACUGGUCAAACUGCACGAAAACAAACAACCAAAAAAAAUACAUGGACACCGACGUCUGCGAUUGUUAUGACUGCAUAGAAAACAUAAAAGAUUUGCCAAUAGAAUUACGAAGAAUCGACGAUUUCGAUGUACAACUAGAUAUAAAAUUUAAUUCAGCAUCAACAACAACAAUGUCUUCAUUCAAUGAUGUUUCCAUCAGGUCGAAAUCAGUGUCUAACUUGAGACUUUCAGAGACAGAAUGCAGAUCUGUCUCUAAACAAUCAAGCAUGGACGAAGAUGUAAAAUCUACGAAAAGCGAGGAUGUCAGUAUUGCCAGCACAAAUUCACUAAAGAAACCAAAACUGGUGAAACAAAAAAAGAGUAUUUGUGAGGACGAAAUGGACGAACUAUUGGAUGAACCCAAAGAUAUGACGUCUUCAAACAACAGUCCUCCAGAAUAUAAAGUCUUACAUGAGAAAUAUCAUCAAAAACAAAGGAAAAGUGUUUUAAAGCAACGUUCCCUUAAUGAAGAAUUAAUGUCUACCGACAGGCUAAAGGAGAAAGAACAGUUAAAAAGAAACAUCCAAAAGCAGGCAUCAUUAAAUGAAGAAUACAUCACUCAACGACACGUGUUUGAUUCUAUUAAAGACUCUAUUUUUACGUCAAAGGGUUUUCACUUUAUUAAAAUGGAGUUUACUAAUAAAAUUAAAAACUCAACUACAAACAUAGAAAAAGUAGCAGGUUCUUCGUUAAAAAACGGUUUUGUAAGGAUAUUUCAAAAUUGGAAGAACAGCGAUCUUAUAAGUCCCACGAUUCCGGAAAAUGAAUCCAUGGAUACUUUUCGUAAAAAACUGCCGUAUAUCGAGGAAAAACCUAACGAAAACACCGAGAGGCGUUCUUCGAAAGAAGAAAGCAGUGAUAGCAGUAAGGAUAGCUCACUACAGAGUGAUACUAGCGUAGAUAGUGAAGACUCAUUUGCAUCUGUGAUUUACGUCCCCAAAUCCGAAAACAUGUCGCCGAUAUUAUCCCCAGGACCAAUUUCCCCCAGAUGGAAAACAACCACAGCAGGCUCAAGUCUAUUUAGCUCUCUACCGAACUCUCCCAAAAUAAAACAGUCCAGUUGUCCUACUAGUCCUAAAUUUAAGCAACUUCCUCUAAGCUUAUACCCUCUAACAAAACAAAUGAGCAAUCCCAAGCCCGCUACCGACUUUCAUUUCUGCGAAAAAGCCGACAAUGAGUUCAGUUACAAGGAUGUCGCACCAAGCACUAAAAGGCAACUUAACAAAACCCUGGCACAAAAAUACUCAGUUCAACAAAUACCUAAGUUUAGGAGGACAGUUAACAAUACUCCUUCUAUGGCGAAUCAAGCCGUAGAAACUAAAAGUAGUACCAGUAAUAGUAACAAUACUACCACCAUAGAAAUUCCAAUAAUAACACAAACGAUGUGCGAAAGUCCGGAGCCCAAAGAAACCCCACCAGUCGAUAGUAGAAACGAGCGUCUGAAGAAAAUUCGCGAGAUCCUGUCUAAGAAUCCUAACUUUGGCUCCCGGACCAAGGACAAAUCAUUUCCGAUAGUUAGAAGAAGUUCCAUCACGAAUGGAAAAGUAGAAGCCGUAGCCAAACCCCUCCCAAAACUGUUAAAUUUAGAGUUAUUUAACCCAGCCGUAGACGAUUUAGAUAGCGACUCGAGUUGUAUAUCAUCUCCCGAUUCAAUUUCUGAUAAUUUUAUGGCUAUAAAUUGCGAAAAACAAUCAACAAUUGGCCUUCCAGACGCAGUUUAUGGCCCUGUAUAUCCCAUGAAAAAGACUUUAUUAGAAGCAGCAGCUGAUGUAGCAAAUUCUUUGGACCAAACCGUACAAAAAGUAAUUAAAUAUAGUCCUAAGGCCAAGCGGAAAGUGGACACGAACGAAGUUAUGUCGAUUUUACAAAGAAAGUAUGUGGACAACGAAGUGCUAUCGGAAAGCUUCGCCUGGCCGGAAAACUGGAACGAAGAGUGCCACAAGCAUUUAACCGAAUUCGCCGAACAAAUUAGUGAGAAGCUGUUAAAGCAAAUCGACCACUACGAGGAGAAAAACGAAGCGUGCAACGAGUCUGGAUACAGCGAUGCAUACAUUGCCAGGUUAUCAGAAGAACUGAACGACCUGACGAAGAUAAGCAGCGAGAUCCAGAAGCAGAACGAAUACUUGAACAAGCUGAGCUCAAAAGACAAAAAGCUUAUGCAGAAAAAAGAGAGGCAGAAAAAACUUUUAUGCGACCAAUGUGAUAAACAACAGCUCGGUAGUACCUGUAAAGAAAGUAGUAGAUUAGAAAAUUGUACAUGCGAAAAUCGAAGUCAAAGUGAUAUUAAAUUUAAAAGUUUAAAAAAUGUAAGUAGUGACAACACCGCCAGCACAACCCCAUCUACAACAAGUUCAUCGGCGACCUUAGUUAAGGAUCUAGAGAUGAAAUUAAAUGGCCACGACAAUAUUAGCGAACUUAGUAGUUGUAGUAGUAACAUCAACGCAAGCGAUAGUAAUGGUUUCGAAGAGGAUCCGAUUCCACUCAAUUCUAACCGAGGACCUAGGAAGUCCUUAACCAAGAAUGGUGGAAAAACUUGCGAAAAUACAAAUUCUGGUACAAAAGCUUUAUCGACGUCUUCGACGUUCAACAAAUCCACCGACUCGUCGGACAGCAUCGAGUCGGUCAUAUCGAACAAAACAGGUCAAGGAAAGGAGAGCAGCGAAGAGACAAAGUCGCAGCGAUCGCUCGACUUUAGUCUAACCAGCAACGAGGGCAGCACUGCCAGCCUGGCCAGCAAUAUGGAAUGGAAGAACAUCAAGACGACGACGCCUGGCGGCGGGACGACGAGCGAUUCGAAAAAACCGCGGUUGCAGAACACGAAAAAGAGCUUUAAUAAUUCUAGCAUGGACGAAUUAAGUGAGAAAUUGCUGGCCGAACACAACAAUGAAAAGUCCAGCGAAUCACUGGACUCCAUACAGUCGGAAAAAAAUUCCGGAGGAGAGAUUACUUUUCAUAGAUAUUAUCACGUUUUUAGAGAGGGAGAGCUUGAUAAUUUAAUCGAAAAAUACGUUGAAAAUUUACACAUUAUUAGUAGUUAUUAUGAUCAUUCAUCUUGGUGUAUAAUCGCUGAAAAAGUUCGAGUCUGGACGAUUUAACUUGUUUUCAACACCUAUUUUUCGAAAAUCAAUAACCUUUUCUCAUUUAUUUAUAUUGUAUAUACGUAAAAUGAAUAAAAAUAGCUUUAUUAUGAUCGACAA